GCUGAACCGCAAAGAAAGCGCAAGAGGCAAAGCAACAAUCUGAGCAAGAACUCAGAGAAGCUUUAGAAGCCCGAUCGUUCAACUACGAAUUCGCAGCCGUCUCAAAUCUCGACGAUGUCGCUGAUCCGCCGCAGCAAUGUGUUCGACCCCUUCUCCCUCGACCUCUGGGACCCCUUCGACGGCUUCCCCUUCGGCUCCGGCAGCGGCAGCCUCUUCCCCCGCGCCAACUCCGACGCGGCGGCGUUCGCCGGCGCGCGCAUCGACUGGAAGGAGACGCCCGAGGCGCACGUGUUCAAGGCGGACUUGCCGGGGCUGAAGAAGGAGGAGGUCAAGGUGGAGGUCGAGGACGGGAACGUCCUCCAGAUCAGCGGCGAGCGCAGCAAGGAGCAUGAGGAGAAGACGGACAAGUGGCACCGCGUGGAGCGCAGCAGCGGCAAGUUCCUGCGCAGGUUCCGCCUUCCUGACAACACCAAGCCGGAGCAGAUCAAGGCGUCCAUGGAGAACGGCGUGCUCACGGUCACCGUGCCCAAAGAGGAGCCCAAGAAGCCCGAUGUCAAGUCCAUCCAGGUCACCGGCUAGGGAAGGAACUUCGCGUACGUGUACGAUGGUGCAGAAUGCAGGAUCCAGAGUUUCGGUUCGUGAUUUACUGAUUACCCGCAGUAAAUAAACUCGUCAAGUCAGUUGUCUGUGUUUAUGUGGUGCAAACCUGUGUAGUAACUUUGUUGGAAGUGUGUAAUAAAACCUUGCUUGUUUUCUGAUCA